GCAUUAGGCUGACUGAGAGGACUCCAAUGGCCACUUCGGUUUUAUCAGAAUGUGGCUUAAGACACCUCCCUGGAAUCAGAUUCUAUGCAACACCAAAAUCCAGAUCUUCAUUUUCUUUAAAUAAUAUUUUCAAGUCCAGAACUUUACCUGCUGCUGCUUCUUCAUUCAAGGUCUCAACUUGGUCCAAAAGAAUAAACUUUGUGGGUCCUUUGAGUGUCAGUGCUCCUUUCGAGGUACAGACCAUUAAUGAGAUUGAAGAAGAUGAUGGUAAAUUUGACCCUGCUGCGCCUCCUCCUUUCAAGUUGGCCGACAUUCGAGCUGCUAUACCCGAGCAUUGCUGGGUCAAGGAUCCAUGGAGAUCUAUGAGUUAUGUUUUGAGGGAUGUUGUUGUUGUUGGUGGUUUGGCUGCUGUCGCCGCUUAUUUCAACAACUGGAUUGUUUGGCCCCUUUACUGGAUUGCUCAGGGAACCAUGUUUUGGGCCCUUUUUGUUCUUGGUCAUGACUGUGGCCAUGGUAGUUUCUCCAACAACACGAGAUUGAACAGUGUUGCAGGUCAUCUUCUUCAUUCUUCAAUCCUUGUCCCGUACCAUGGAUGGAGAAUUAGCCACAGAACUCAUCAUCAGAACCACGGACAUGUCGAAAACGAUGAAUCAUGGCAUCCAUUGUCUGAAAAAAUUUACAAGAGUUUAGAUAAUGCAACCAGAUUACUGAGGUUCACCUUGCCUUUCCCUAUGCUUGCUUAUCCAAUCUAUCUGUGGGGUCGAAGUCCCGGGAAGAAGGGUUCCCAUUUCCAUCCGGACAGCGAUUUGUUCGACUCGAAUGAAAGAAAGGAUAUAAUCACUUCCACUGCUUGUUGGGCGGCAAUGGUUGGUUUGCUUGUGUAUUUAUCUUUUACAAUGGGCCCAAUUCAGUUGCUUAAACUCUAUGGCAUUCCUUACUGGAUAUUUGUCAUGUGGUUGGACUUGGUUACUUACCUACACCACCACGGCCAUGACGAGAAGCUUCCGUGGUACCGAGGAAAGGAAUGGAGUUAUAUGAGGGGAGGGCUUACGACGCUCGAUCGAGACUAUGGAUGGAUCAACAACAUCCACCACGAUAUCGGAACUCAUGUUAUACAUCAUCUCUUCCCCCAAAUCCCACACUAUCACUUAAUUGAAGCCACCGAGGCAGUGAAGCCGGUGCUCGGGAAAUAUUACCGGGAGCCACAGAAAUCCGGGCCUAUCCCGUUUUAUUUGCUCGGGGUCCUCAUAAGAAGCCUGAGAAAGGAUCAUUACGUGAGUGACAGUGGUGAUGUUGUCUACUAUCAAACAGACCCCCAACUAUAUGGAGCUAACAAAUCAGAUUGAAAGUGCUGAAGUUUUUCCAAGCUGAACUAGUAAAACCCUACAGGUUUUCUCCUGCAAAACCCUGAUUGCAGAUAUGUAAUACGGCAUGCCUAUCGUCGAUCUUUCUCCCCCUAUUGAAAAUUAACCUGUGAUGUUUUUACAUCCAACCUCAUCUGUGUAUGAUGUUGAUUGUAGAUUCUUUGCA